AUGUCUUCACAAAAAAAAAGACGUGUGGAUUCAACGCUUGACCCAUCUAUUGUUGAAAAUUGGCUUAAUGAGUUGUCAAGUUGUGAUGAAAUGAGUGAAGCGGAUGAUGAAAGUGACAACGAAGAAAUUGAUACUACUCAAAAAAGUGAUCACGAAUCAGAAUCAGAGCAAGAUAUUUCGGAAAAUGAAACAAAUGAAAAUGUAAGUGACGUUCAGAAUAAUAACUUUUAUUUGGGGAAAGACAAAACCACAAAAUGGAAGAAAAACAAACCAAAUAUGCAAAUUCGAGUACGUUCCCAUAAUAUUAUUACACAUUUACCUGGUCCUAAACAAAAUGCACGUAAUGCCAAAUUUGAAAUUGAUUGUUUAAAAUUAUUUAUAAACGAGAAUGUAAUUCGUUUAAUCACCAUUUCGACAAAUAUAUACAUUGAAAGUAUAAAAGCAAAUUUUCAACGUGAAUCUGACGCUAGAUUGACUGAUGAGAGAGAAAUUAAUGCAUUUAUUGGAAUUUUAUUUUUGAUUGGGGCUUUGAGGUGUGCGAGAAAAAAUGCUCAUCAAAUUUGGGAUAAUUCUAGAGGUAGUGGAGUUGAAGCAUGUUAUUUAGCAAUGAGUGAAAAACGUUUCAGAUUUUUAGUUAGAUGCAUCCGUUUUGAUGACAUAAAUAAUAGAAAUGAAAGAAGAGAAAUCGACAAAUUAGCACCUAUAAGAGAAGUAUUUGAAUACUUUAUUGCGAAUUUUCAAAAUAAUUUUAUAGCAAGUGAAUAUCUAACGGUUGAUGAACAAUUAUUAGCGUUUCGAGGUCGUUGUUCAUUCAAACAAUACAUUCCUAGCAAACCGGCCAAGUAUGGAUUAAAAAUAUUUGCGUUAGUUGAUGCCAAAACAGCUUAUACAUUUAAUCUUGAAGCUUAUGUAGGUACUCAACCUGAAGGGCCAUAUAAAUGUAAAAAUUCUGGUGAAGAUAUUGUUCUUAGAAUUGUACAACCAGUAGAAGGAAGCAACAGAAAUAUUACCGCUGAUAACUGGUUUACAAGUUUUCCACUAAUAAAAAAAUUAAAACACAAUAAAAAAUUAACAUAUACAGGCACUAUAAGAAAAAAUAAAAGAGAACUACCAUCAGAGUUUUUACCAAAUAAAAAUAGAGAACUGCAUAGCUCGAUUUUUGGAUUUCAAGAAGAUUAUACAUUAGUGUCAUAUUGUCCCAAAAAAAAUAAAGCUGUAUUAGUUGUGUCAAGUAUGCACAAUGACGACACAAUUGACGAAGAAAAUCAUGCUAAAAAACCUGAAAUGAUUACUUUUUAUAAUAAAACUAAGAUCGGUGUUGACUUAGUAGACCAACUAUGUGAAAAAUACAAUGUGGCUAGGAAUACUCGUAGAUGGCCAAUGGUUAUUUUUUAUGAUCUACUGAACAUAUCUGCUAUAAAUGCUAUUUGUAUAUACAAAGCAAACAAUUUAAAUUCAAAAAUAUCAAGACGGCAAUUUAUUGAAAAUAUUGCAUGGGAACUACUGAAACCUCAAAUUAAGUACAGAUCAACGAUUACUAAACUACCAGUAGAAUUAAGACGACGUGCACGUGCACUUUUAGGUAUCGAAGAGCCUUCAAUUUCAGUAAUACCAGAAAAUCUUCCAAAUUAUGUGGGUCGAUGUUAUGUAUGUCCACGAAAUAAAAACAAAUCAACCAGAAGAUUUUGUGGCCAAUGCCGAAAAUAUGCGUGUAAAGAGCAUAUGAAGGAUAUUUGUGUAAAUUGUUUAAAUGAAUAAUUUGUAUUUAUAAU